AUGUUAAGUAUAACACUAGUGUUAAUCAUAUCAGCUGUAAAGCUCGGCGAAUCGAGCGGUCAGUUGAGCGAAAAGACCCUAAAUAGGGCAAACAUAGAGUCCCAGUACAUAGCAAGAGUUACCAUGAUAACAAUGUUCGAAGAAACAGAAAGAUAUAUAAGACAACUGUACGAAUAUAUCCAAUCAGUCGAAACUAGAAAAUUUAAAAAAAAAUCGAAGGAAAACCACGACAAAUUUAUGAAAAAGUACGGAAUCUUCAUCAACGAGGCCAGGGAAAUAGAAAAAAUAUAUGUGAAAAUAAGAGAAGAUGCAAUGGACGACGACAUAUUGCGAAAAUUCAAUGAACAGAUCCAAAGGCUGGACAAAUCAUUUACUGAUGCAUCCAAGGCCUACACAAAGGCAUUCAGGGGAAUAAACGCUUCCUUAACAAAGCUGGAUCCGUCAAAAAUAAUGUACACGGACGCAGAAAUAUUUAAAACCCUCAGCAAAAUAUUAAUCAGAACAACCAACCACUUGAUAGCAAUGGAAAAGCUGAUUGAAAUAGUAAAGGCGAGGGCGGACGAGUGUGGAACAAUAUCAAACAGAGAUGGGUUCUACGAAAUAUCGCUGGUACAAUUGUAUGAAACCAAGAGUAAAAUAGAGGACAUAUUCGAUUCGUAUCCAGAUUCUAUCUUGAAGGAGAAUGAAUAUGAUGAUAUGAUUGCAAACUACGAGAAGGUGAAGGAGCAUUACGAAGAAUCCAUCAAAAUAAUGGUGGAAUUUGAUAAAUCGCUGGGGGAAAAGUACGAGUCGCAGAAAAUAAAAUACAACAAUGUUCUUAAAAAAACAAUCGAGUUGAUAAGUAAGCUUCCAUUCAGACUGUCGGCGUUCGUAACCCCAAGCUUACUCGGAACUUUCAUCAUCAGCUUCCUUUUGCUUUUCCAGAUGUAA